AUGGGCAACACGCCCACAGCAAAGAAGGGCAAUGAGAUGGAGAGCGUAAAGGAGUUUCUUGCCAAAGCCAAAGAAGAUUUCCUUAAGAAAUGGGAAAAUCCAGCUCAGCAAACGGCAGCGUUGGAUCAUUUUGAACGGCUGAAGACUUUAGGGACCGGAUCGUUUGGUCGAGUCAUGCUGGUCAAACACAAAGAAAGCGGACAGCAUUUUGCCAUGAAGAUACUUGACAAACAAAAGGUAGUGAAGCUGAAGCAGAUAGAACACACACUGAACGAGAAGCGCAUCCUCCAGGCCGUCAGCUUUCCUUUUCUAGUGCAACUGGAACACUCGUUUAAGGACAACAGUAAUCUAUACAUGAUAAUGGAGUAUGUCCCUGGAGGUGAAAUGUUCUCGCACUUGCGGAGAAUUGGUAGAUUCAGUGAACCACACGCCCGCUUCUACGCAGCUCAGAUUGUACUGACCUUUGAAUACCUUCACUCACUGGAUCUCAUUUAUCGAGAUCUAAAGCCAGAAAACUUGCUUAUUGACCAGCAAGGUUAUAUCCAGGUAACAGAUUUUGGAUUUGCCAAAAGAGUGAAAGGCAGGACCUGGACACUUUGUGGAACGCCUGAGUAUCUGGCCCCAGAGAUUAUCUUGAGUAAAGGUUACAAUAAAGCUGUGGAUUGGUGGGCUUUGGGAGUUCUUAUUUAUGAAAUGGCAGCUGGUUAUCCUCCUUUCUUUGCGGACCAGCCUAUUCAGAUCUAUGAGAAGAUUGUAUCAGGAAAGGUUCGCUUCCCGUCGCACUUCAGCUCAGACCUCAAAGACCUGCUGAGAAACUUGCUGCAGGUGGACCUGACCAAGCGCUUUGGAAACCUCAGGAACGGAGUCAAUGAUAUCAAGGGCCACAAGUGGUUUGCCACUACCGACUGGAUCGCCAUCUACCAGAGGAAGGUGGAAGCUCCCUUUAUCCCCAAGUGCAAAGGCCCUGGCGACACAAGCAACUUUGACGACUACGAGGAAGAGGAAAUCAGAGUCUCCAUCACAGAAAAAUGUGCGAAGGAGUUUGCCGAGUUCUAG